CGUCCAGACGAAACUCCGGCUGCUCCGGCAUACGGAAUGCAGCCCAGUAGGGAUUCACAUGGUGUGUGAGAGGUUAAAUUCGUUUACAUCAAGAGAAGUCAAAAAGAACGACAAUGAAUCGACCAGCGAAUGAUCAUUACCGUGGGAAGGCACCGGUAAAUAAGGAAGCCUUAGAAAAACACUCGAAAGGUCCUGGCAUUGACUUGAAACGAAAAACAACUACAGUCAAAAAUAAAGUAAUCAGGACAAAGCUGAAGAAGAAAGAACAAGCUAUACUGAAAGCAGCUGAAGCUUCUGCUCGGAACGAGUUAUUACUGACAGAAGAACAUGGUUUUUUAGAAGCUGAAGCUGGAGAAACCACUACUGCAUAUCGACAAAAACAAAUUGUAGACAAUGUAGAUAUAACAAGUGCGGCCAAAAGAUUCAAACUAGAUUUGCAAUUUGGCCCCUAUUGCUUUAGAUAUACUAGAAAUGGCAGGCACUUACUUCUGGGUGGGAAACAAGGUCAUGUUGCAGCUUUUGACUGGGUGACUAAGAGAAUGGCCUGUGAAAUAAAUGUAAUGGAAUCUGUGCAUGAUGUCACAUGGUUACACCAGGAAACUAUGUUUGCAGUAGCACAAAAGGAUUGGGUUUAUGUUUAUGACAAUCAGGGAGUAGAAUUGCAUUGUUUGAAGAGAAUGAAUGGUGUAACCAGAUUGGAAUUUUUGCCUUAUCAUUUCUUGCUUGCCAGUGGAUCCAAGGAUGGUAAUGUAGCUUGGUUGGAUGUGUCGAUAGGCAAGCUUAUCGCUCGUUUUAAUACAAAUGUUGGAAGGAUAUCUGUCAUGACACAAAACCCAAGUAAUGCAGUCCUAUGUGUGGGAGACUCAAAGGGAGUAGUGUCCAUGUGGUCUCCAAAUGAACAUAAACCAUUGGCAAAAAUGCUCUGCCAUCGAUUCCCAAUCAUGACAUGUAUUGUACAUCCAUAUGGAACUUACAUGGCAACAAGUUGUGCUGAUAAAUCUGUUAAAUUAUGGGAUAUAAGACAAUUAGCAGGACCAGUCAGUCAUAUGUUUCUUCGUUCCCCUGCUUUCCGUAUGUCUUACAGUCAGUGUGGUCUGCUGGCUUUUGCGAUGGGUAAUGUAGUGGAAGUAUUUAGAGAAACUUCAGGUGACCUUAAGCCAUAUAUACGGCAUAAGACUGCACGUAAUGUGUGUUGCACAAGGUUUUGUCCAUAUGAAGAUGUACUAGGUAUUUCUACGGCUAAUGAAUUCUCGUCACUGCUAGUACCAGGAAGUGCUGAAGCGAACUAUGACGCGUUUGAGGUUAAUCCAUUCCAAAAUAAACAGCAGCGACGAGAAACGGAGGUGAAAACACUUUUAGAGAAAAUACAACCGGAGUUUAUUACUCUUGACUCGACUGAUAUAACGGAGGUUGAUGUACCUACUUUGAAAGACAAAGUAGAAGCAAAGAAGAACCUUUCGUAUAUUAAACCAAAGCCGAUAGACUUCAAACCUCGACACACAAGAGCUAAGGGAAAGGGUGGUACUGCAAAGAUAAUAAAAACCAAGAAGAUAUUAAAAGACUUAAAUCAUAAAGAAAUGAUCAAAGAGCUUCGUGAAGUGAAAGCGAAAGAAGUAAAAACGAAAGAAGAAGUGACAUCAAAGAAGUCGCAAAAUCAGAACGAUUAUGGUGUAUUAAAUAGAUUUUUAUGAAAAUA